AUGGCGCUAUACGAUCUCCUACAGGACUGGUACGACGCCCGACCAAACGAGCAGCUGACCGGAGCGCUUCGAUCCCGGUUCUUUGUCCUCAUGUUCCAGAACUGGAACUCCUCCAUUGAAACGAUUGCCUUGCCAGACAAACUUGGCGGCAAAAAACUUCAACAAUCGGCCGUACAAGUGGGCACGCUGCGGGAAGAUCUUGCAGUUACCCCAAGCAAGUCCAACAAGAGGGAUCACGAUGGCAGACCAGUGUCCCGCCGAUGUGCCGGAGCACCAGUUUGGUUCAGUGUUCAACUACACUGGGAGGGAGCUGGCAUUGUCUGGAAAUGGAAGGAUUCGUCCAGCCGUGUCGUUGCCGAAAGCGCGGUUCGAAGGAACGAUGGUGUCACGUUGAAGGAUGCCAUCAGCCAAGCGAGUAUGAAAACCGACGUAUCCGGCAAGGCCCGGAUCAUGGGUUACAACACCGAGCUUGUUGUUGCUCUUGCUCGCAAGCGUAUCGUGACCUUCUCGAAGGCGGGAACGAAGGACCUUCCCCGUGUCUCCGUUGACCUGAAGGCGGGAAACAGAUAA